AUGUAUUUUUUGCGCACAUCCAACUCUGUUAAUGCGGCCAUUUUGGGCGAAUUUGAGGGUGCUCUGCGGGUGGCCCUCUCAGCAAUAUGUAACGAACCGUCGGGCAUUGCGGUGCACGACGGUAAGCGCCCUGAUGGGUGUACCUUGAUCCCUUGGAGAGCCGGCAGGUGCUUGGCGUGGGACGUUACCGUUCCGGGCACCUUUGCUGAGCGCUACGUGCAGCUUACUAGCAAAGAAAGCGGUUUGGCUGCAACCAGGGCAUCUGACGAGAAGAUCAAAAAGUACGACGGAGCUCUCCCCUCGAUGGAGUUUUUACCGAUUUGUAUCGAGGUCCUCGGCCCCAUGGACCGUAUCACCUCCGGGUUUUUCAAUCGGAUUUGUAAAAAUAUCAGUAUUAGAUCAGGCGAUAGUAGGGAAUAUUUUUUUGCUAUGAAUAAUAUCUCGUGCAUACUGCAGCGGUUUUUGCGCGUCUGUGUGUUGGAAAAUGUGGAGUUGAAUGUCGACGGGGUUGAAUGA